CCUGCGUUCCCAUGGCAACGGGGGGCAGUAUGUCUGGGCCUUUUGGGAAGGGACGGCAGGACGCCUGCCCGUGGCAACGGGGGGGGAAUGUCCCCUGAGGGGUUCCCCGGUGCCCCCCACACCUCUGUGUGCACUCCAGGGUGAGCUGGGCUGGACCAUUCACCCUCCAAAGAAAAAGGCCUCGGGAGGGGGCAGAGACACCCCCCCCCCGGCUUUGCAGCACCGUUGCAGCAGCAGAGAUCUGGGUUUGGAGCCAUGAAGGGGAAGGUGCAUGGUGGGGGUGUCCUACCCCCCCACCCCGAAGCCCUGAUGCACCCUCUGUGCCCUUUACCUGGAUGCUGCCCCAGCAGCUGCCCCAUCACCUGGAGGGUCAGGAUCCUGCUCCACCAGCACCUGCCCACGACGUUCCAAAGAAAACAAACUGCUCUUUUUGCUAUGGCUUUGUUGAGUUUGAUGACCUACGAGAUGCUGACGAUGCUGUUUAUGAGCUCAAUGGGAAAGAUCUUUGUGGGGAGCGAGUGAUCGUGGAACACGCCCGAGGGCCGCGGCGGGACAGCACGUACGGUUCAGGACGCAGUGGAUAUGGUUAUAGAAGAAGUGGAAGAGAUAAGUACGGUCCCCCAACCCGUACAGAAUACAGAUUGAUUGUGGAAAACCUGUCAAGCCGCUGCAGUUGGCAGGAUCUGAAGGAUUAUAUGCGUCAGGCAGGGGAAGUGACAUAUGCAGAUGCACACAAAGGAAGGAAAAAUGAAGGUGUGAUUGAGUUCAAAUCCUAUUCUGACAUGAAAAGAGCCCUUGAAAAGCUGGAUGGGACAGAAGUAAAUGGCAGAAAGAUUAGAUUAGUGGAAGACAGACCUGGAUCGAGACGGCGCCGCUCUUACUCCAGAAGCCGAAGCCAUUCGAGGUCUCGCUCUCGAAGCAGACACUCUCACAAGAGCAGGAGCCGCAGCGCCAGUAGUAGUCGCUCCAAGAGCAGAUCGAGAUCCAGGUCUGUGUCCCGGUCCAGAAGCAAGAGCCGUAGUCGAAGCAAGAGCCGUAGCAGAGGCCAAAAAGAGAAAAGCAGGACUCCGAGUAAAGAGGAGAAAAGUAGGAGCCGCAGCAGGAGUGCAGAGAAAUCCAGAAACAAAAGCAAAGAUAAGUCUGAGGGCACUCUCCAUAACAGUGAUGAGAAAGCAAAGAGCAGGAGCCGCAGCAAGGAAAAGAGUAGGAGCAGGAGCGGGAGUAAGGACAGAGGGGAGGCGAGGGAGAGGGUGAGGAGUAGGAGCAAGGAGAAGAGUAGGAGCAAAGACAGGGAGAAGAGCAUUAGCAAGGCUAGAAGCAGGAGCAAGAGCAGGGAUGAGAGCAGGAGCAGGAGCCACAGUAAGGAUAAAAGGAAAAGCAGGAAGAGAAGCAGGGAUGACAGCAGAAGUCGGAGCAGGAGCCGCAGCAAGAGUGAGAAAAGCAAAAGGCGCAGCAAGCGAGACAGCAAAGCGGGCAGCAAGAAGAAAAGGAAGGACAGCCACGAGCGGUCCAGGUCAGCCUCCAAGGACAAGGAACAUCUCAAGUCAGAGUCUGACAAAAAGGAGGCAAAAGCAGAGGGGGAGGAGGCAGCCACACGGCGGGGAUCUCGCUCCAGGUCUAGGUCUGUUUCCAAGUCAAAACCAAAUGUCAAAUCAGGUUCUCGUUCCAGAUCUAAAUCUGUGUCAAAGCCGGGGUCCUGCUCCAAGUCCAGGUCUAGGUCUGCCUCUGGCUCCCGGUCAAGGUCUCGCUCCAGAUCCUGACCUUGCAGCAGCCACGCUCAGAACAGAGGGGAAGAGGCUUUUGUACGUGUUCAGUAGUCGUAGCACAAGUGAGUUGAGUAGAAAACCCGUCUGCUGUAUAUUUUGACCAACCCUGAUGGUCUGUCUGUCGUUGGCUGCGCUGCUCCCUCCCUGCAGCGCUCUCUGGUGCAAGGCUGCUCGGCUCGUUUGCCAUCCUACAGCGAGGCUCUCUCAGUCCAGCUCUGCCCAGAGCACCAAAACUGCUCCAUUUUCCAGCAAGGGCCUUGCAGAGAGGGUCCAUGGUGGCAGUGAUGGCUGAUAGGUAGGUAUGAUGGCUCCAGCAGUCUUUGCCCUUGAACUGAUGCCCUUCAAUGUACACCAUUUAGUGGAAGUGCUGAGUCUUGAGUUUCAUAUUACUUCUGUUUCCUCUUUUUUGGACUUACAGAGUUGUGAAUAGCACAGUCAAAAGGGGAUGGGGAGGGAGGGCAGGGAAAACCAGAGGUACUUGCAGUAAUCCAUAGGGAAAAGCAGCAUAGCUCCAUAUCUGGUAUUGUGACAAUAUCCUUGUUUUAUAUUAAAGUUUUUUAUUUUCUUUUUCCCCUGUCUUGCCAAGUCCAGUGACUCCUGUUUCCAUGAAAUUUGAAUAAAGACUAUUUUUGCUUGAUGACA